CUGGUGCCCCGCUGGGCCCUGCUUCCCAAAUACCUUUUGGACUCCAGAGGGCGGCUUCUGGAGUCAGAGCCCCCUCUGGGGGUCUGUCUGCGGGGCAGUUCUGGCCCGUUGAGCUUGUCCAGACGCAGUCUCGAAGGGAUGAGUUGGGGCCUGGACCGGGCUUCGCUCAGGCAGCGCUUAAGACAGCCCCAACAGGGUCCUCCUGGGGCCUUCCUCCCUUUGAACCGCGGUGGCGGGCGGGCACACUGUCUCCCGCACUCCUUAGAGUUGGGGCCGCCAUCUCCAUGGCCACGGCUCUGAGUGGGCCCUGCGCUGGCAGGUCGCGGGACAUACUGUGGCGCGUUUUGGGCUGGAGGAUAGUUACAAGUAUUGUUUGGUCAGUGCUGCUUCUACCCGUCUGCACCACGGUAUUUAUAAUCUUCAGCAGCAUUGAUUUAUUUCAUCCUAUACAGUGGCUGUCAGAUUCUUUCAAUGAUCUAUAUAGUUCCUAUGUAAUCUUCUACCUCCUGCUGCUGUCAGUGAUAAUAAUAAUAAUAAGUAUUUUCAAUGUGGAAUUCUAUACAGUUGUGCCUUGCAUUCCCUGCUCCAGACUAGCCCUGAUAGGGAAGAUCAUUCAUCCUCAGCAACUCAUGCACUCGUUUAUUCAUGCUGCAAUGGGAAUGGUGACGGCUUGGUGUGCUGCAGUGAUAACCAAGGGCCAGUAUAGUUUUCUUGUGGUUCCCUGCACUAGUACUGAGAGCUUAGAUAGCCCUGCUGCACAAAACUGCUUAAAUGAGUAUCAUCUUUUCUUCCUACUGGCUGGAGCAUUUAUGGGCUAUACCUAUAGCCUCCUGUAUUUUGUUAACAACAUGAACUAUCUUCCUUUUCCCAUCAUACAGCAAUACAAGUUCUUGCGCUUUAGGAGAUCUCUGCUCUUACUAGUUAAACAUAGUUGUGUGGAAUCACUGUUCCUGAUUAGAAAUUUCUGCAUCAUGUAUUAUUUUCUUGGCCAUAUUCCCAAAGCUUGGAUUAGCACUGCUAUGGACCUUCACAUAGAUGAGCAGUUUCACAGGCCUCUUGACACUGUGAGUGGCCUUUUGAAUCUCUCAUUACUUUACCAUGUCUGGCUAUGUGGUGUCUUUCUCCUGAUGACUUGGUACAUGUCAUGGAUACUCUUCAAAAUCUUUGCCACAGAGGCUCAUGUGUUCCCUGUUCAGCCACCAUUUGCAGAAGAGUCGGAUGAGUGCCUCCCGAAAGUUUUAAAUAGCAGUCCUCCCCUCAUCAUAAAGUAUUUAGCCUUGCAGGACCUGAUGUUGCUUUCUCAAUAUUCUCCUUCACGAAGACAAGAAGUUUUUAGCCUUAGCCAACCAGGGGGACAUCCUCACAAUUGGACAGCCAUUUCAAGGGAGUGUUUGAAUCUUUUAAAUGAUAUGACUCAGAAACUGAUUCUCUACCAAGAAGCUGCUGCUACGAAUGGGAGAAUGUCUUCAUCUUGCCUAAUGGAACCUAAGAAAAUGACUUCUCCAGAAGAAACUACUUUUCAAACACCAAAAUCCAGCCAGAUGCUUCGGCCUUCCAUGCCAACAUUAGUUAAAACAUCAUUAUUUUCUUCAAAAUUAUCUACACCUGAUGUUGCAAGUCCUCUUGGGACCCCAUUUGGCUCUAGUGUAGUGAAUCGGAUGGCGGGAAUUUUUGAUGUAAACACCUGCUAUGGGUCACCACAAAAUCCUCAGCUAAUAAGAAGAGGGCCAAGAUUGUGGACAUCUGCGUCUGAUCAGCAAAUGAGUGAAUUUUCUAAUCCUUCUCCAUCUACCUCUAUUAGUGCUGAGGGUAAGACAGUGAGACAACCCAGUGUGAUAUAUUCAUGGAUUCAGAAUAAACGUGAACAGAUUAAGAAUUUCUUGUCAAAACGGGUGCUGAUAAUGUAUUUUUUCAGUAAGCACCCGGAGGCCUCCAUUCAGGCUGUUUUUUCAGAUGCCCAAAUGCAUAUUUGGGCAUUAGAAGGUCUGUCUCACUUAGUGGCAGCAUCAUUUACAGAAGACAGAUUUGGAGUUGUUCAGACUACACUACCAGCUAUCCUUAAUACUUUGUUGACGCUGCAAGAGGCAGUGGACAAGUACUUCAAACUUCCUCAUGCUUCCAGUAAACCACCCCGAAUUUCAGGAAGCCUUGUGGACACUUCUUAUAAAACAUUAAGAUUUGCAUUCAGAGCAUCACUGAAAACUGCCAUCUAUCGAAUAACUACUACAUUUGGUGAACAUCUGAAUGCUGUGCAAGCAUCUGCAGAACAUCAGAAAAGACUUCAACAGUUCUUGGAGUUCAAAGAAUAGUUAAGUAAUAUAAACUGUGUUCAUUAUACUGCUGAUACAAUUACAGAUGGGACAGUAAAUGUUCAGCAUUCUUGGAUCAGAAGAAAAUGGACUAAUUAGAUGCUUCCUUUGUCGUGGUGGUUGCUUUGAAAACUAUACUUUAAUGGGAGAAAUCAUGGAAAGAAAUUCUCAACAGAAUAACCGAAAACUGCCUUUUCUGUACCAAAUGCUUUUGUGUGUGUGGUAUAAUAAAAUCUUUAUUCAAUUUUACAGAAGCAUCUAUAGCAGAGAAAUGUCUCUAGCUCAUAUAACUUAAUAAUAAUAACUCAAAAAUUUUUAGAAUUUACUUUUGAAAAGAGUGGAGCCAGUUCAGAAGUUAAAAUAGGUUGACUUGAUACAGUCUUCCUAAUUUUCUAAGGGUUUAGCUCUCUGUAAACUCGAAAUGUUUUACAUAAACUUUUUUUAGAAUAAUAUUGUUUACUGAAGGAUAAAAAUGGUAACAGUGUAGAAAAAUUCACAGAAAAAAUGUUGUCUAAAGGACAUAUUUUGUUAAUCUGUUAGGUUGUGUUUUUGUUUCCAGGGGCAAAUUAAAUUUGUAUGAUUGUCUAAAAAAGGGUUUCAAUUUACAGAUGCUAACUCUAUAUAAAGGAAUGUGGAAAAAAUUCAGCUCUUAAGUUACAAGAUUAAACAUUCACAUUUGGUUUUUGAAAAACAAUUGACCGACAUCUAUGAAUUUAUUUGUAUCAUGCUAGUAAGCAAUAAGUGUAUGUAUAUUUUCCCAGCUAGUUUUGCUUUCUUUUUCUAGAACAAAACAUUAAGUGAUUGCAGAGUUUUUCAAGUGAUAGAAAGAGUUCUGCAAGAAAAACCAUGAAACUUUCCUCUUUUCCCCACCAUUCAUUUUCAUUAGAUCAGUUUAUUUCGUGAAGCUUAUCUGGCCUCACAGAAGGCACAGGCUCUGCUGUGUUAACUGGAUAAUUAAAAUAUAUUUAGGAAAAUCCUUAUUGCGAGAAACAAUUUAGUCAUCCAGUAGCAAGUGAAACCCAAACGUCAGAAGGAUUCCUGUGCUUGGGAGUAAGUAUGGCAUAUGUCCCAAAUGUGAGCAAGGUAAUUUUGUAAUUUAUUAGAUCAACUUCUUUGGAGAUGAAAGAUUGGAAAUCCUAGUGGCAGAUAUUCACUGGACUAGCUUUGGACUGAAAUGCUCCCUUGUAAUUCUUUUCCUAUUAUCAUUUCCUGCUAGUGUCCCAAAAUAUUUUCUUUAAAGUGAGCAUGGUAUUGUAUAUGAAUCUUUAGUGUGGUAUCAUGUAUGUCUACCAUUUGUCAUUUUCAUUAAUGUAUUAUAUAUCUUUAUUCUAGAAUAUUUUGGCUCCAGGCUCUAUUGCCCCUUCAGCCAGUACAUGCCAAAUUAUAAAUGAAUCCUGCUGGCCUUUAAAGGGUCUUUAUGGGACAGUUUCUCAAUUGUCAAGUGUGGGGUAUGUAGGCUAUUACCAUUUGCUUUUGCUUUUUUUUUUUUCUUUGUGUCUGAAGUUGAGUUGAUCUCUCUUUUGAAUGUGAAAGUUGAAUUUUGAAUGUGGUGGUUUCUUACAAAUGACAAAACAGAAAAUUGUGGCCGGAUUAAUUGAGAACUGUCGUGUUCCAUGUAUUAAAGCCAUUAAGCUUUUUAUUUUCCAUUUUCUGUCCUACCCCUGGAUGAAUCAUUUUGGGGAGACAACGAUUCUUAAUCCUCUGCUUCCAUUAAAGAAGAAUUGUGGUAUUUAACCUGUUGGAUUCCUGAGGAUACAGACGGGAUGGUUUCUUUAAAGCUUGACUGACUUGUAUAAAAUGUCUGGCCGGGUUUAGGUUCUUGCCAUUAUUUCCCAUAUGCUUUGGGCAGUGGUAUAUUCGAUGAGGUAAUGUAAAUGCUUCUGAGAUGUUCAUCCCUGUUUUCUUUAAAGAGAAUGCUGUGUGUGUGAAGUACAGGCCACAUAAUGUCUGCCUGUUGGAGAUUUGGAAACUGCCUCCCUUGUAUUUAGUAGGUAAGAGGGUCAGUUUCUUUUCCCUAUUGUGUGUUGAUUAUCUAUACACCAUCCACUGGGGCUAGGGUGUUAUUAAAGGGAGUUUGUUCUCCUGUGUACAAGGCGGAGGCUCAGAAGAGAGUGGCAUUUCCUUUGAUGAAGUCACAUCCUGCCUAUGGGCCCACUGAUGCUAUAACAUUGGCCUGAAAAUUAGAAAAUAUUCUUUAAAAGUUUUUCUCUGGCUGUCAGUACAAAACAUGAUUGUAUCAACUCUUGUAAUGUUUGUUUGACCCUUAUGGAAGGUAUAAAUCCACAAAACUUCUUUCCCAGAGAAUGGAAAAUCUGUCCCAGAAUAAACCUUGUACAGUUGAGUGGACAUGGAUAAGCAACAAUUUGUUACUUUGCUGGAUUUUUUCCUUGGUCAUUGUUUUGUGUGUCUUCCUGUAAAUAUUUAUGAUAAAUCUGUUUAUAUCCUUUUGUAAAUCAUUGAUAUUGAAUUGAAUAGAAAAAUAAAUCGACAAUUU